GGGCGGCGGCGGCGGAGGGCGAGGCCGCUCCCCUGAGGUAACGGCGCCGGCGAAGCCGCUGACACCGCUCGGGCCCGCGUCUGCCCCGCCGCCGCCGGCAUCUGCCCCGCGACCGCAGGGCUGGGCCCGGCGUGGCGAGGGUGUGGCGGCAGCCGCAGGGCUCUGUGACCCUCUCAGCCGUCGCCCCGGCUGCCCUGAGGCACCGCCGCCCAGGGUGCGGGGCUGUGGUUCCUGGGCAGGUCCGGCCCGGGCAGAGCCAGGAGGGAUCGGGAGCGGAGCCGGAGCCGGCAGCGUUGCCGAGGUUGCGGCUCCGCUUGGGUGUCAGAUGAUAGUGUAACGUCUUUGUAGGAUACUGUCAGUGAAGGAGGGGAGUAUGGAGAAAAUAAGUAUUGCAAGAAGAAGAGUUUUUUCUACUUGAAAAGACACCCUCUGUGCACCUCUGUGUCUUCCUCAGAAAUGCUGAUGUCCCUCGAUCAUACGGGAUCGGAGAUGGAUUCAUCAGAGCAAUCAACAGUGAGAAGUGAGCAGAAAUCCAGGAAGUUCUUAAAAAGUCUAAUAAGAAAGCAGCCUCAGGACCUUCUUCUUGUAAUUGGAACUGGGGUAAGUGCUGCAGUGGCACCAGGAAUCCCAGCACUCUGCUCCUGGAGAAGCUGCAUCGAGGCUGUAAUUGAAGCAGCUGAACAGCUGGAGGUACUUCAUCCAGGAGAUGUUGCUGAAUUUCGUGAAAAAGUAAUGAAAGACAGAGACCUGCUUGUGGUUGCACAUGAUCUCAUCAGGAAAAUGUCACCACGCACCGGGGAUACGAAGCCCAACUUCUUCCAGGACUGCUUAAUGGAGGUGUUUGAUAAUUUAGAACAACACAUUCAGAAUCCUGUUGCUCUGCAAUCCAUCCUGAGACUCAUGGAGAGAGGCACAAUGGUUCUUACUACAAACUAUGAUAAUUUACUUGAAAUAUUUGGUCAGCAACAGGGUAAACCUAUGGAAUCUUUAGACUUGAAAGAUAAGGAUAAGGUUCUUCAGUGGGCAAGAGGUCAUAUAAAAUACGGAGUUCUUCAUAUUCACGGUUUAUAUACAGAUCCCUGUGGAAUGGUGCUAGAUCCCUCGGGAUAUAAAGAUGUUACUCAAGACCCUGAAGUCAUGGAAGUUCUUCAAAAUUUGUAUCGAACCAAAUCUUUUUUGUUUUUGGGCUGCGGAGAGACUCUGCGUGAUCAGAUAUUUCAAGCUCUUUUUCUUUAUACUGUAAAGAAUAAGGUGGAUUUAGAACAUUAUAUGUUGGUGCUUAAAGAAAAUGAAGAUCACUUUUUUAAGCUCCAGGCAGAUAUGCUGUUGCAUGGAAUAAAAGUAGUGUCCUACGGGAACUGCUUUAAACAAUUCCCAGAGUACGUGCAAGAUCUGACUGCUCAAAUCUGCAAGCAGAAGAGUCCAGAUGCUGAGAGAGUGGACAGCACAACACUGUUAAGAACCUCAUGUUUGGACUGUGCUAAAAGGAAGUUAGGAGAAAAUGGCAUUGACUUUUCUAAGAGAAUCAAGCAGUCAGAUAAUGAACUAUUUACUGAAAAAACCCAACAACUCAAACCCAACCCAGAAGCUUUUUAACAGUAGGUGUUAUAUAUCUGCUGUGUGGACAGUUCUGAGUAUUUCCAUGGUUUUAAGUGGAAUAAAAAUUGUUUAUCUAAA